ACCAGAAUCCUCCAUAUGUUUAUAUAUGGCAACAUAUUUAAGUAGCACCAAUGUCAGUUACCUGGAAAAUUUGACUCUUUAUUGUUGGGAACUUUCCUGUGUUCUGUAUAUUUUUUCAUAUAAAUAAAUACUAUAUAUUUUAAUAAUCUAGUGAGAAUUAGAGGAAAAGAAAUCUGUUUUUGAGGAUAUUAAAAAAAAAAAGAAGCCUGGUGUUAUUCACUGAAAAUGCAGUGCCUCCUUGUGUUCAUGUUGAUUGUAUUAUUAUUGGUUUGUUUCAGUAUCUGUGAAGCUUUUGAAUGUGAAUUCGAUGCUGAAAAUCAUCAAUUUAAGGUGGCAGAUACAAUCAGGGUGGAUCAAUCUGGCAAAGGAGAUUUCAAAACUGUCCAAAAAGCUAUUGAUUCAAUCCCUUCUAAUAACAAGAAGUGGAUACGUAUCCUUAUUUCCCCUGGAGUUUUCAGGGAGAAAGUUACAAUUCCUUAUGAUAAACCAUGCAUUUUCCUUGAAGGAGCUGGGAGACUGUUAACCAGGAUUGAAUGGAAUAGUCAUAUGAGAACCUGUGACAGUGCUACUUUGACUUCAUUUCCUGAUAGCAUUGUUGCAAAAGGCAUUACUUUCAAGAACUUUUACAACGUACCUCUAGCAACAAUACCCAACAUAAAGAACACGGUAAAGCCAGCCCUAGCAGCUAGAAUCUAUGGUGACAAAUCGGCUUUCUACAACUGUGCUUUCUUUGGGUUACAAGAUACAUUGUGGGACGUACAAGGUCGCCAUUACUUCAAAAAUUGUUAUAUCGAAGGUGCUAUUGACUUUAUAUUUGGGAGUGGUCAAUCUAUCUAUGAGGUAUCUCUGUGUGUAUAAAUAUUUUGUAAAUUUCAAUUGGGUUUUUUCGUUAUUGUAACAUGUUGUUUGUGUAAUUGGCAGAGCUGUGAAAUAAAUCUUACAAUAGGCAAAUAUGCACCUCAAUAUCCCAAUGGUUAUAUAACAGCACAGGGAAGGAAUUCAUCGGAUGAUCCGAGUGGCUUUGUCUUUAAAUCUUGUGUUUUUUCAGGGACUGGUAAAACUUACCUUGGAAGAGCUUAUGGAGCUUAUUCUAGAGUGAUUAUAUAUAAGUCGGUGAUGACGGAUAUUAUUGUUGCUUCCGGUUGGGAUGCUUGGACCUAUGUUCAUCAUGAAGGAAAUUUGAUGUAUGCAGAGAAUAGUUGCAGGGGAGCAGGGGCCAACACUUCAAAGCGAGUGCCAUGGCUGAGGAAACUCAGUGCUUCUCAACUCAGUCAAUUUGUGAAUAUAUCAUAUAUUGACAAAGAAGGAUGGAUUGAUAAGCUGCCAAAACAUGUUCUAAAUUUAGGGCAUAAGAAAAAUUCCAAACUCAAGUUCAUGGCUUAACAUAUCUAAAAUAUU